AUGGUUUUGGCUGAGUUGAGUAAUCAAAUAACUCAAGCGUUUCGCAAACUCCACUCAACCACAGUUAUUUCAGAAGCUGUGAUUGAGGAGGUGAUUGGAGAUAUAGUACGCGCAUUGUUAAUGGCAGAUGUUAACGUGAAGCUGGUACAUAAGUUAAAGGAAAAUGUCAAAAGACUAAAUAAAAACAAUUCUGAUAUGAUCGGAGCAAAUAAACGCCGUUAUCUACAAAAGAUUGUGGUUGACGAGUUAGUUAAUAUGUUAACAACAGAGAAGAAACCAUUUGAGCCGAAAAAGGGGAGAUGUAACGUGAUAAUGUUCGUUGGACUUCAAGGAGCAGGGAAAACAACAAGUUGCACUAAAUUUGCAUAUCACUAUCAACGGAAAGGUUGGAGAACUGCUUUGAUAUGUGCCGACACUUUCCGUGCAGGAGCAUUUGACCAGCUUAAGCAGAACGCCGCCAAAGUUAAGAUUUCCUUUUACGGUAGUUACAGCGAGGCUAACCCUGCAAAGGUGGCAGCUGACGGUGUAGCGCGUUUCAAGGAGGAAAAGUACGACAUGAUCAUUGUUGACACAUCAGGUCGCCACAAACAGGAAGACGCUCUCUUCGAUGAGAUGAAGCUCAUUUAUGAUGCAGUACAGCCUGACGAGGUCGUCUUUGUCAUGGAUUCUCACAUUGGACAGGCCUGUUACGAUCAGGCUUCUGCUUUCAAUAAAGCUGUUGACGUUGGCUCCGUUAUUAUCACAAAACUCGAUGGUCAUGCUAAAGGCGGUGGAGCUCUUUCAGCAGUGUCUGCAACUAAUUCGCCUAUAAUAUUUAUCGGAACAGGAGAACAUUUUGAUGAUUUUGAGCCAUUUGAUCCCAAAUCUUUUAUUUCACGUCUUCUAGGAUUUGGGGACAUAAAUGGAUUAAUAAAUACAUUAAAAGAUGUGAUAAAUUUAGAAGAUAAACCUGACCUUCUGGACAGAAUUGCUUCUGCCAAGUUUACUAUUCGAGAUAUGUACGAUCAGUUUCAAAAUUUAUUAAAAAUGGCUCCAAUUGGUAAAGUAAUGUCAAUGUUGCCUGGAAUACCUCCUGAACUGCUCCAAGCCGGCAGGGAACAGGAAGGUGUAGAUCGCAUUAAAAGGUUUAUGAUCAUUAUGGAUUCAAUGACAGAUGAAGAGUUGGAUUGUGAGAAACCUUUGAACGGUACAAGAAUAAUGAGAAUUGCUAAAGGCUCCGGCUCAUCUCCACAUGAAAUCAAUUUUCUAAUUGAUCAACAUAAAACAUUACAGAAGAUGGUUGGAAGCAUGGGAAAGAUGGGUUUGAAUAAGGACAAUGCAAUGCAGAACAUCAUGAGGAACCCCAACCAGCUUUUGAAUAAGAUGCAGAGUAUGAUUGAUCCAAGGUUAUUGAACCAGAUGGGAGGAGCUGGAAAUAUCAUGAAGCUCAUGAAGGAGUUUUCGCAAAACGAUGACUUGCAAUCUUUAAUGAAGCAAAUGAAGAGAUAA